AUGGCACAGCAUACUGAUCAUUUACGAAAAGGUGAAGAUGUAUAUGUUGCAAUGAGUAUAGUAGCUGGUGGGUUAGCAGGGUUGACUGCAAGAUCUUUAACUGCCCCGCUAGACACAGUUAAAAUUAGAUUACAACUACUAUACAAAAGCAUUGAAUUGGACCCGCGAAUAAAAGUAAACAAUAGUAUCCUGACUUCUAUGAUAACUAGGAUGUAUAAAAAGGAGGGGAUAUUAGGAUUCUGGAAAGGAAAUGUUCCUGGUUCUCUCAUGUACAUUAUUUAUGGGGCUACGCAAUUUGGAUCAUACACGUAUAUCAACUCGCUUUUCAGUCAUAAUCAUGUGCUUAAUCAACUCCCGUCUCAAGUAUAUAGUACACUAGUUGGUGCAUUGACAGGAAUUACCAGCUCUACCAUAUCAUACCCUUUUGAUGUAUUACGUACAAGAUUUGCAGCAAACCAAUCUACUCGCAAUUUGAGAUUAUACGCCACAAUCAAGGACAUUUUUAGGAAUGAAGGCACACUUGGAUUUUUUAGGGGAAUAAAUUCUUCAAUACUUGCAAUAACUCUUUCAAAUGCUAUAAUAUUUGGGACAUAUGAGAGUAUAAAGAUAUAUUCUGAAGAACAACUCACUCUCUUAGAGAAUACUUCAAGCAAUUCAUGUUAUGUUCCAUACAAAUUUGCUUACCAAAUCUUGAAUGGAAGUGCAGGUUCUCUAAGUGGUUUGAUAUCUAAGCUGGUCACAUAUCCAUUGGAUACAAUACGAAGAAGGAUACAAGUGAGCACGCCGCAUUCUAUCCAUCUUUUGGCCGAACACAAGAACGUUUACAAAUCAUAUUUUAAAAUGAAUUUUAUUGCAGUAGGUAUGAAAAUAAUGAGAGACGAGGGUAAAUUAUCACUCUUCAGAGGUCUAGGAAUAAAUUUGAUUAAAACAGUGCCAAAUUCAGCAAUAUAUCUAUACGCUUAUGAAUAUUUUGUAUCACAACUUAAGAAUUAA